GAGUCCGCAAAAAUAAUCUGCAAAUAAAAAAGUCCGCAGGAAAUGUACGCACGUAAAAUCCGCAAAAAAUGUCCACAAUAAAAAAGCCGCAAAAUAUCCUAAGAAAGGUCGCAAACAGAAAACAUCCGCAAGAAAUGUCCGCAAAAUAUAUCCUUAAGUUAAGUCCGGAAAAAACCCAAGAGAAGUCUGCAAAUAAUAAAAAGUCCGCAAAAAAUUGUCCGCAAGUUAAGUCCGCAUGAAAAGUCCGCAAGAAAGUCUGGCAAGAAAAGUCAGGCAAAAAAUGCCCGCAGAAAAUGGGAUGCUAACCUGUAGUCCAUAAUUUCCCAUUUUCAGAUUUCCUUGACUGCUUUGAGGCAAAAAAUCAGAUUUAUGUGGCAAUUUAAAUUCAAAUCGCCGGCUAGGCGCAAUGAAGCGUUUUUAAAAAAAUCAUUUAAAAGUGUUCUCCGUACCAAUGGAUGCCUUUAUAUUGCAAAAAAUUUGGUUAAGAACAAAAAUAAUAUAAUUGACGUUUUUCAAACGCUACCAGAAAUUCUGCAAACUUUUUGUAAUUUAUUUAAAUUUCAUCCUCAAUUGGUUGCUAAACAAUUUUCGGAAUACAGGUUUUUAUUUUUUAAUUUUUUGGGACCUUUCUGGGCGGAGAAUAGCGGCUCUGAAGGGAGGCCUCCUUCCAUUCCCCAGUAA